AUGUUUGCUAAGGAGGUAGAGUUUCUUGAGUUGGCACUGAACAACAGAUCGGUGUCGGAGUAUGUAGACCGUUUUAAACAUCUGUUUCGCUUCAACACCAUGACGGUAGAUGAAGACUGGCAGUGCCGGAAGUUUGAGAACGGCCUAAGAAAGGAGAUAAAAUUACUUGUGAAGGGGUUGCGUAUCAGGGAGUUCUCCGCCUUAGUGGAGAUGGCCCGUGAUAUGGAGAAGACCAAGGGAGAGCCAGAAGGGCCUCAAAUACAGCAGAACCAACCACUGAGGGUUGGUGGACGAGUGGUAUCCAGAGUCAGGAGGACAGGACUGCAGCCACGCCAGGCUGGGAGGGCCAUUGAGAGAGGUGGUACCAGACCCCAGGUAGCAGGGAGAGUUUAUGCAUUGACCGGAGCCAAGGCAGUUAGUGCUGGUAACUUGAUUGUAAGCACUUAUUUGUUGUUUGGAGCUUUGUGUGUCAUAUUGUUUGACUCGGGGGCGACACAUUCUUUUGAGUCUGAGGCUUGUGUGGAGAGGCUUAGUCUAGUUGUCAGAGAGCUUCCGUGUAAUAUGGUGGUGUCUACACCAGCAGCUAGGUUGGUCAGGACAUCUAAUGUGUGCUCCAGAUGUUCAAUUAAGGUUGAGGGACGCAGAUUGGGGUACCAUAAAAUCUUGGUAAAAGCUGAUGAGGUUCAGAAGACAGCUUUCAGAUCCAGAUAUGGCCAUUAUGGGUAUGUAGUCAUGCCUUUUGGUGUGACUAAUGCUUCAGCCAUCUUUAUGGAUUACAUUGAACAGGAUAUUUAG